AUGGAGGCGCAGGGAUACGGCCAGGAAGACACGCAGGACGCUGCUUCCGUCGGCUCUGCGCUGAGCGAGCUCGAAGACGAUGCCGAGGACGAAUUCGAGAAGCGCAUGAUCCAGAAUGCACGCGACGAGCGGCGGCUGAACCAGGCGCUGGGGGGCAGACCUCAGGCUUUCAAGAAGGCGCGGACCCAUCCCCGUGUCGGACUGACGCUGGACAACCUGGAAAGGAACAGCGCGGCAGCUGCUGGAGCGGAUGCGCAGGUCAAAUUCCAGAGUCCGCCGAGCAGCAGCGGGAGCACGAGGAGCGAUCCGGCUCUACGUGCGCCAGCGACAUGGGGGAGGAAAGGCCGGACCAACAGGAGCUGGAUGCGGACCAUCACUUAUGAAGAGGAACAAGGGCAGCAGCAACCACAGACGCCAGUCCCGGCCGACGACAGCAUCCACGAUCACUUUGACCAGCAAGACGCCAGCCUGCCACACCGCUCCGUGCCAGACAGCCCCCUCUCGCACAAGGGCACCCCACGCAACGACGAGUCGCAAGAGUGGGACCUCACCUUCGAGCUCAACGAAGCCUCCAUGAUCGCAUCCACGCCCUACAUACCACGAAACACGGUGCUGGACGAUAUACGGCAGAGGGAGGCCGAGAGCGUCAGGGAGCAGGCGACGCAGCCCUCUCAACCCUCUCAGUCGCCCAAGAGGAGACUGCGUGCGCGAACCCACUCGUGGCAGUCCAUUGGCAAGGCGCAGCCGGUUACGGGCAUCGGCAACCAAGACUCGCCCGUGGCUAUGUACAGGAGCGUUGAGAGCAUAGCUACAGUAGAUCGCGACGUAGUUGCCACGCCUCAGGUUGUCCCCCCGAGACGCAUACCGAGCCGAAGAGAAGAUUCGCAGGAUUUACUGCGACGGCUAGCGAGAGUAUCCAACACUCCAAGCCCGAGACAGGCAGCACCUUCGAGACCAGAAUCGGCGCCUCCAGCACAACUGAACACUUCCUCGCAGACGGUGGCGACAGACACGGCGCAAUCAGAGGCUCAAUCGGCUUCUGUGGAAAAGGUGCCUGUUCCUGCCCAGACGCCCAAUGAGGCAGCUGCGCCCUCGACCGUUCAGCAGGAGCAAGACAAACCAAAGGAAGCUGAACGGUCGUCAGAGCCAGCGCCAGCACCAGAGGCUACAGGAGAUGAUGCCCGUAGUGUAGAUGCUACACCCAUGCCCAAAGAGCGACCUGUCUUGAAUCCCAAGACACCAGUGGUGACUGGUGCUUGGGUCGAUACACCAGGCCCACGUACUGUACAGAGACCUGGCGUGACGUCGAGGUCACGCUCACGUUCGCCUAGAAAAGCCAGUCCGCCCAGGCAGAGACCAUCUGAAAAAGGCCCGGCCCCCGUUGCGGAGGAGCCAUCUGAAGCCGCCGCUAUAGAGCCCCUUCGUCCACACCUUCCCAAGUCUGCCUUACAAUCCCUUGUCGACGAAGCGAAAUCCAAGGUCAGGCGACCGUCGGUGGACUAUGGCGACUCAACUAUCAACUCUCUGGAAGACCUCAUCACUCCAUCUGCCGAAAGCCCAAUGGAAGAAGAUACGCUUCAAGGCCUUCAACUACCAACUGAGACUCCCCGCAAUGAAGCAGAACGACAGCGACAACAGGAAUUGUUACAUCUCCACCGCAUGAACGACCGCCUCCGUGCAGCGCGAACCAGCAUCCGCGAUGCAAGUCGUGGCAUGAAACGCGUCGAAGACCAAGUAGAGCAUGUGGAAGAAGGGGAGAAUGGCGAGAAGGUCAAAGUGAUUAGCCGCACAUGCCCUUGCGCGAUUGAUGGCCAUAUUCAGACUUUCUCAAUGUGGAAAUGGUCCAAGGGUCUGUUUUGGGAACAACGAUUGAAGAUCCUGCGACAAGCGUCAGGCAGUCCUUGGAGAAUAUGGGGCGGGCUUACAGGCUUGAGCAUUUGCUUGAUACUUCUUUUCACUUGGUGGAUGAGUGAAGAGAUCGCUUGGUAUGUACCUGGGCGUCUGCCCCUCUUGCGUCAAAGAAAACUUACUGACCUACUCCACAGUGAAAUGUACUGCCAGCCCAUGUACGCUUACUCGUCGCCUUACCCAUUCAGCGUCAACGUAAAUGCUCCCAAAUACCCCUUUGUUAUUCCAACCCUUAUCUACCGGACCUUCAUCCAAAGUUGGUGGGUUCCAAUAUCUUCCUUCUUCUCAUGGAUUGGCGCUACAAUGUGGGCAUGUUUCUUUGGUUUCGAAGAAGCGCAUCUUGUCAACCACAGCGCCAGCCAGACCAUAACAAGUACAAAUACUAUAAAAGAAAACCGCUGGAUUAGUGAAGAAGCGGCCAAACUUUUAGAAGAGAAGGGCUGGGAUCAUAGCAUGUUUGAAGAUGAAAUUUUGCCAGGAGGCCGAUGA